CAAGUGAAUAUUGCAUGUUUUCACGGCCUUGCGAGAGAAAGGCUUGUGCCCGGGUUCCCCUUUGCAAUGGCUGGUCCGGAUAUUUCCUCACAAGAGGUUGCCCUCGCGGCGGACGAGGGUUUCUGCAUCCCCGACGAGUAUGCCGCAGCUGCGAAGAGCCAAGAGGCCGUGGAUGUCACGGCGCAGCGUGAGCUCCUGGGGGACGCCGCGCUGCUCACUAAGGACCAGUUGAACAGCCUCUACAAGCUGAAGGAGCCUGCCAAGUACGCCAAGAUGAAGCUGAAGCGUGUGUCUUUGAGCUUCUCUGGAGCCUCCGUCUUCUUUUUCACUCCUUACAGGGCAGAUGGAGUUCCCAUGCCUGCCUCUGUCAUGAAGUUUGAUUCCAAGGAGUGCGUCGAGGACGAGAUGGCGAAGACGGAGAAGUUCCGAUCGCUAUUCGGGUCGACCACCCCCAAGGUGAACGACUUCUACCUGGUGGAGGGGGAAGGGCCCUGCAGCGUCAUGCAGAUCGACCUCUGCGGGGGCGUCUUCGGACUGCCAGAGUUUGCAAAGGCGCCACCCGUGCAGACCUUCGCAUCCAUCCUGGAGGAGGAGUUCUCCCAGCUGUCGCACACCGUGGACAUCAUCCCCAUCCUCAACGAGGCCCUGGAGAGAAGGAUGUUCCACUUCACCAUGUCUGCACGAACGGUGAAGGAGCUGAAGCUGGCGGACACCUACAAGCUGGUGAGGUUCGUGGGCCACGGCAUCCUGAACCGCGCCAAGGAGGGCGCCAAGCGAGGGGCCAAGAACCCGGCCCUGGCCGCCGGCUUCGAGAACCCCAAGGAGAUCGACGACCUGGACCCCGAGGGGAAGAUGGUCAUGGAGCUCACAGGGAAGAAGCAGACUGUGCGGGAGCUCUUCCAGAAAUUCGCGGGCAUGGAACAGAAGCUGUCGGAGUCCCUGCAGCGGCGGGUGGUCUGCGGGCUGUGCCACAACGACCUCCACGGGGGCAAUCUGCUGGUGGACUCCCAAGGCUUGGUGUGGCUCAUCGACUUUGCCACGGUGAAGGACGGCCAGCACGUGCUCAUGGAUCUCAGCAAAUUCUUGUCCGCCUGCGUCUUUAUGUACCUCCAGGACGCCGCUGAGGAGAAGCAUCUGCAGGUGCUGGGCCAGAUUCUGAGCACCACCCCGGAUGCCACCACCGACCUUCCCGUGGCCUUUCUGAACGACGCCGAGAACGACAAGAUGGCAAAGUUCCUCUUUCAGAUCGUGUCGCGGCUUCGGUAUUGCAUGUGCAUCUUCGAGUCGGGCCCUGGGAGCCCGGAGAACGACGGCCUGCCCUUCGCCAUCGCCUUGUUCUCUUGGUCCGCACGCAUGCUGUCCUACAGCGAGCCCUCGCUGUACCAGAAGACCCGCGCCUUGUAUUGGACCAUUUUGGGCAUGCAGCGGGUGCUCUAUGCCAUCGGAGAGGAUGUGGGCCCCACCGGCUGCAAGUGGAUCGAGGAGAAGAUCGCGCUCUGGGAGGGCCAGAAGGGCCGGCGGAUCAGUACCUCCGUGGCCACCGAGAAGCUGGCGGUGGCCGCCUACACGUUUGAGCUGGAGCUGCCCACCUACCUGGCCCAAGCAGGGGGCGCGGAGGCGUGGUGUUCGGACAUCCUGACCCGCGAGAAGGUGAAUGUGACGGAGCACUGCGUCACGCUGAACCUGAAGAUGCAGGGCGGCCUCAACCCCCGUGCGGUUCAGCUGAUUCCGCCGGCGGAGAGGCUGUAUCAGCUGGUGAAGCCCAUCUACAGUCGCUUUGCCCCGGGCCUUCUUUCGAAUGUCUUCUUCCGCGGCCGGGUCAUUAUCAUUGGCGACGCGGGGUCCGGGAAGUCGGUGCUCACCAAGCAGGUCUUCGCGGCCAUCGCCCAGGACCAGGUGAAGGCGGUUCAGGCCCUGCAGGACAAGCCUAAAAAUAAGGAUGAGCAGGGCCGGAACAUCCCCCCGAAGCUGGACCUUGCCAUGGUGCCCAUCCGCGUGCCGCUGAUUGACCUCAGCCGCCAGAUCGAGGAGAACCCAGACUCGGUGGUGGAGGCGGACACGCUCAACGACCUGCUGGCGGUUUGGAUCGGUCGGCACUACGGCCAGGACUCCAACAUUCAGCACCUGAUCUCUGACACCCGCAAUGCGGUGAUGGAGCUCAUGGAGGGAGCCUACGAGGGCACCACGCAGGGUCUGUUUUUGCUCCUGGAUGGCCUGGACGAGGCCUCCAUAAGACGCGCAGUGAUCCUCAAGUACAUCGCCAGUCUGCUGCAGAACGAGUCACUGCACUUCCCCAUGAUCACCUCUCGACCAGGGGUGCUGGGCAUGUACGAGAACGACAUCAUGAGCGCUGCUGGCUUUGUCUCGAUCUCUUUGUCCCGCCUGGCGAUUCAGGACUCCGUGGAGCUGUCGACGGGCAUGCUCACGCGCAUGGGCUCCGAGAAGCCGAUGGUUGAGGACAUCACCAAGAUCAUCAAGAACCCGGCCUACGUGGCCCUGACUGGCAACCCUCUGUGCCUCACGCUGUUGGUGCACGUGCUGCGCAAGUGGCAUACUGACUCUGCCGGGGUUUCUUCGGAAGCCAUUCUGAAGAAGACCGACGUCUACCAGAAAGCCUUCAAGCUCAUGCUGCACCAGUCGGAUGCGGCGAAGUUCAUGAGCCGCGACAACGCCAGCGAUCUGGAGUUGAUCCGCCACAUCUCGAAUCUCAAGAGCACCGCGGGGCGCAAGUUCUACCAGCGCAUCGGCUGGGAGGGCCACAGCAGCCGCAAGCGCGCCAUGACCCUCGAGGAUCUAAAGGCGAUUUGCCAUGAUGAGACUAUUUGGACCUCCUUCUCGGAGAUGGUGAAGCAGGGCCGGCUGCCGGUCUUUCAGCCUGUGGAAGGGCGAGGGGAGCAGAUGUACCAGCUUGCUCACCUCUCCUUCCAGGAGAUGUUAGCAGCGGAGUACAUGUCCUCAGUGUUCCGCUACUCCACCAAGACGUGCCAGAUGAGGCAGUACCUGAACUUUAUGGCCUCCUCUAACAAGACGGUGGGCCGUGAGCGGUUGUCCGAGAACUGGUGGCUCCAGACGUGGCUGCACGUUGGCGAGAUGCUGGAGGAGGGCAUCUUUCAGGAGUGGGUGAACUGCCUCCGCGACGACGACCGGUGCGUGCUCAAGGUUGGACGAGUGGUACACUUUGAGCACGUCUUCCGCGAUGUAGCUAACCUCUUCAUCGUGGAAAAGAAGAAGCGCACGCAAGAGGAGAUUGACUUCGUGCGACGCACGAUGUGGCUGCGGGUUGCCUGGUAUGACGAAGAGCGGCACUUGGUGCAGCUCGAGACCUGUCCUCCCUUCAGCUGGAGGCACAAGUUCGCUUGGAAGAAUUUGGGUGUCCUCGACAAGCCGCUGACCGCUGCCCACGUGGGCUGGCAGUGCGAGGGCGUGAAUGUCUUGGCCACGGAGGCGGCACGUCUGGGAGAUGUGGCGUUGAUGUCCGCGCUCACCAACAUGGGCGUGCACUACUCGGUGCAGACGCCCAUGACGUGGAGCCCGCUCCUAUGCUGCAUCAUGUACCCCCUUUGGAACGGGACGCGCUUCCUGGUGGAGCACAAGGCGGACAUCAACUACUCCCACGAUUGGCGCAUGUCGAACAACAUCCAGCGGCGCCAGCGCUGGACGCACCCGGAGGCCUUUGCGCCCGGCGAGUAA